UUCCUCACGGUCUGUCAGACAUGCUGGGCUGCAGCCCGUCCAGCUGCAAGUUCACCAGCUAAACAGAGGGACCAGUGCAGGGCUGCAGGGCUGCAGGGCUGCAGGGCUGCAGCCCUCCCACACCAGAGUGCAUGUAACCAAUAAAGCAGACGCAGCCCUGCGAGGCUCAGUUUUUCGCCCCGCUCACAGUCUCUGUCUUCACACUCUCAGCGUGAUACAGCUGAGUGGGUGAAAAAGGACGGGAGGAGGAGAGUUAGAGGGGAGAGGCAGCCACCCUCCGUCGCUGUGGCCAGGCUCUGAAGCAGCCCGGGCAGAUAUUCUUGGCUUGGAUGCAGCGCUCAUGACAGGAUUAGGAGCCUGGGACACGGGACCAACCGGAGAUCUGCAGGUUCUAGCGGACGAACCCGAGCCAGAUUCUCACCCUGCACGGAUGUGACCUCCCCCCUGUGUCCCUCCACAUCAGCUGUCCAAACGCCUGCCAAGAUUGACUUGAUUACCAAGAGCCCGACUUCCUCUCCUCUCUUCCCCCAUAAUGCGGCUCCUUAUCGCUUUCCUCCUGAUGCUGCUCAUCUGGUCGGCAGAGCCUCGGCGAGGCCCUCAGGCUAAGGCUGGAGUGGGGGGCAAACGGGGCCGCGUUCGGGGCCGAGGCCGGGCGGGGCUCACGCGGCGUCAAACCCAGCAGUGUAAGGAAUACACGGAAGGAGGAGAGAAGUACCUCGACUGCCAGGACAGGCAGCUAACCUCAGUGAUGCAGGACUGGCCCAGAGACGUUAAUCACCUACUGCUGGCAAGAAAUAAGUUUCAGGUUUUGAGGAACAAUAUGUUCGCUCAGUUCACCCAGCUGAGGAGCCUGGAUCUCCAGCAGAACGCCAUCUCCAUGCUGGAAGACGGUGCGUUCAAUGGCCUUUUCCAGCUCACCACACUGCUGCUCCAGCACAACAGCCUUAAAACCGCCUCAGAGGAAGUCCUGCUCCCCCUGCCCAGCCUCACCUACCUCCGUCUCUAUGACAACCCCUGGAGCUGCCGCUGCCCGUUGGACAGCUUGGUCAGAACCCUGCAGGUGCCUACCAACCGCAACCUGGGCCCUUUCGCUAAGUGUGCCGAGCCCCCUUCGCUGAAGGAUCAGAAGCUGAAAAAGCUAAUGGUUGACCUUUGUGCUGAUGACCGGACGCCAGUGACCGGAGACAAGCCGCUGCCGAGUCCUUCGCCGGUGACUAAGAGGCCCGGGGCCACAUCCAUGUGCCACACCUACGUUUAUCCCCGGAUUACGCUCAACUGCAAGAACAAAGAUCUGAAUCGGAUCCCCUCGGAGCUUCCAGCUGAUAUAGUGACUAUGGAUCUGUCCGAGAACAGCAUCAAGCAUCUCAGGCCCAAACUCUUCCUGCAGUCCAAAGACCUCAAGUUCCUCAACCUCAGCAGCAACAAUCUGCAACAUAUAGACAUAGGUGCUUUUGCGGGCCUGCUGUACCUCCAAAACCUCGAUCUAUCCAACAACAGCCUCCAUUACUUUCGAUACGGCAUACUGGAGGACCUCUACUUCCUAAAGACGCUCUCCUUAGACAACAACCCGUGGAUCUGUGACUACGACAUCCACUACUUGAUCUACUGGCUAAAGCACCACCCGGGCGUGUCUUACACCGGCCUGAUCUGCACCGAACCGCAGGAGUUCAGAGGCUGGCGAGUGGAAGAUUACGUCAAGACCUACAACGGGGAGUGUCCCAAGGAUAAACAAACAGAAGGGGUGGACACAGGGCAGGAAUCACAAAGCGAGUUGGAGAAUGAGGCGCAGGAGGUGAUGGGGGAGAUGGGGGAGGGGCAGGGAGAAUUUUUACCACAGCCCCUGAGGAAGAGGGGUUCCAAUGCAUUUGAGAUCAUCAGGUUGAGUUAAAAGUUUGAAUCCAAACGGAUCAGUGGACUGUCAGGGUGAAACCAGGGGACAACUGAAAUUGAGCUUUGUGGGUUAAUCCGGGGGUUAAUCCUUGCAGACGUUGUGAUUUAUGUUUAGAAAUGUACUGUGAGGUAAAUGGUUUUGGAUCAAAAUCAACUUUUUGGUUUGCAGGGGUGAUAGAAAAACUCAAGCAAAGACCAACGGGAUUUUUUCUGGCACAUUCCAGACCAGUUACAUUUCAUUGCCCCUAGUUUCCCAUCAAAGUUCCCUUUAGAUUUUCCAAGCAGCACACAUCUUUUAACAUAUUUUUUUUUCUUUUCUUUUUGGCGAGAAAUAGUAUGUAGUUGUUUAUAAUAAUGUAAACAUUGUCUGGCUGUCUGGAAAUAAAAUUGGGUUUAUUUUUUCUGAAUACUCUUGCACUAAUUGACAAACAGAUGGAUGUGAUUGAUGGUAAGACAUUAUGGAGACGUAGGGAAUUUGUGGGAGCUGCGCCAUGAAAAACUUUUUUGCCAUGAAAAAUGACAGGAAGCCGAUGUAUUGCAUAGGAAAGUGACGCCUGGGUUUAAUGGAGACAUGAUAUUUCCAGAUAUUUUGUGGAGAAUCCGCCAAGAGCAUCAUGACUGAGCUUGAUUAGUAAAACCUGCCAAGGUACUCAAGUGACCUGAUUUGAAAAUCAUUUAUUUUUGUACAAAUAAAGCUGUUUAAGCCUUGCAGGCUAAAAUCCACUUACUCACUUCUUGAAUUGCCAGAUUGUGUGUCCUUUAAUUAAUUUCUCACUGGCAGUGAAUGAAUAGAUCAAUCAUUCAUAGGAUUAAGAGGAAUCAAAUGGCUUUAUAGGCUCAUAUCAAUCAUUCAUUUGUAGUUAGUUAGGACAAACUUCUUUGAAAAGAACUUUUUUUCUCCAGAUUGCACCUGGAAGUUUCAUCUGGAUUUACCAUGACUGUUUUUAAAAAAAGAAAAUCUACAUGACCUCAUGCAGAUAAGGUGGAUCCUUGUUGAUGCUGAAUCAGCAGCUUUGAGGUACAUGUUUGAGUUUAGUUUGCCAAUUUGGCAAAGACAAGAUUAUAUUGUGCAUGCAAGCCUUGUCAAUCAGGUCUAAAGGGAGCGUUCUUUUUGUAUAAAUCUUCUUUGAGGCUGGUUUGUUCUUUCAUCAUGUCUCCAUGUUUGCAUGUUAACUUAUUAAACGCUACUCCGUAUGCUCAAACAUCACUUUUGUCUUUCCUGAGUGACACAAGCUUGCAGCUGUGGGUCAUUUGUGGCAGCAUAGUGCCACCUAGUGUUCACAUUUGAGUAAUUCAAUUACUCAUUGAGUAAUUCAUUGACCAGAAGGCCCCAACCAGUUUUUGGAGGAAUUUUUAGGUGAAUCAAGGUCCUGAACUUUAAUCACAAAAGUUAUUUGGAAAAAGCUAGCACAGGUCUCUGAAGCAGCUCUAAGAUUUCAAGACACUUGAUGAGAGAAAACCCGUUUCUCAAAAGGCAGAGAGCGAGUCAGAAGCCUUUGCAGUGAAUCAAGACAUCCAUCACAGAGAGUCAGGCAAAAACGUGUAAUUCACAGUGUUUUGGCUUUUAACAUGUUCCAAGUCACCUUCAUCCACAGUUCAGCAGGAGGGGAUUGAAGAUGGUCAGAAAGGCACCAUAAGGGCAAAAUACUCCAAAGUUUAAAAUCUAACAAGCGUGAAACAGCAUUUUCUCAAACAACUGCACAAUACAAAACCACUUCAACCUUUAACUUUCUGUUCUGGAUUGCAUUUUAAUUUGAAGAAUAACCUAGUGAAGUGUGUCCAGUGUUUCCUCUUUGGAAGCUGAUGGAAAUUUGUUUGGAUAUUUGACAGUUUUUUGUUGUUGUUGUUGUUGUUGCUGUUCUCUUAUCAUCAUUCAGUUUGAUUU